AUGCGCUUCCUCUUUAUUGAGGUUCUUGAUUCCUUGGUCAGUAAGAAUAUGAAUUUGAAAGUAAUGAAAUGCACCACUUUCAUUAACUCACUUUUAUGUAUGACAAGAAAUGCCAUCCAUAUUUCUAUACGAAGCGGAGGUUACACGGUCAGAGAAAAUAAACAUGACAUGGUGAAUAGAUUCAGGGUUGUUGCACAAGAAGUCCCAGAAAAUAUUUGGGUCUUUGAAGUUUGUUUAAGGGUCAGAGAUUGUACACCGUUCCUGAUAAAAAAUAUUGAACUGUUAAUAUUUACCCAGUGUAUUACACCUUCGUUGAUGUAA